AUGGGGCUCGGUGCACGAGGUGACUGGGCAGCGCUGCUCCUGGGGGCCCUGCGGGUGUUGGCCCUGUGGGGGACCACCGUGGACAGCGCAGCAGAUUCGGAGGGAUAUACAAACUCAAAGAAUUCUAUGCUUCCGCAAAAGAACAUUGACACAACAGGGAAUGUCGUACAGUUGCCACCCAGCCAUGCAAAUGGAAUGUCCAACGGCACCUUGAAACAGUUAACAACUCCAGUUUCCUCAAUCUCAAGCAAUGUGGCAGAACCCAAAGCAGCAUUUGAUGUGACACCAGGGGUCUCCACAAAUACCUCCACCACCUUGAAGUCUACACCCCGUACAACAAGUGUUUUGCGAAACACAUCCCAGAUGGCCACAACCCAUAAUAGUUCAGUGACAUCUGUUUCUUCAUCAGUAAAAAUCACAGUAACUGUUAAUUCUAAGGAAAAUAAAGGAUCAAAAUUUGAUAUUGGCGGCUUUGUUUGUGGUAUUGUGUUAACACUGGGAGUUUUAUCUAUUCUUUACCUUGGAUGCAAAACAUAUUACUCAAGAAGAGGCAUUCGGUAUAGAACCAUUGAUGAACAUGAUGCCAUCAUUUAAGAAAAUCCAAGGACCAAGUAAAGAAGAAAGAUUGAUGCAGCCCUAUCAAUUAAUUUUGGUUUAUUAUUAGUUUAAAAAAUAUUUUCUUGAAAAUAGUAUAAACAGACCAUGCAUAUA